GUUUUAUUCGGUGGGUACUCUGUUAUAAUGUUUAAUAACAUGACAAAAAAUAUUGCAUUGUUUUUAUUCCUGGCAACUUUGAUAAAAGAUCUAUCAUGGCCGUUUGUAGAACGGCGUCAUAAAUAGUAUCUGUUUAUUUGUGCGAAAUAGUGAUUUCUACUCAUUGUAGUGUUUUUCUGUGGCAAACUUUGAUAUCAUGUGAUUAGUGAUAUAUUGUAGAAUUGCGAAUGUGCGAUAAUGUAUUAAAAAUCAUAUCGCGUAACGAUGUCAAACAAUACAGUUGGCUCAUCGGGGCCAGCUCCCGGCAAAAUACGUGGACCUGGAAGACCACCGAAACGCACCUGCACAUGGUGCGCUGAAAGUAAGACGCCUUUGAAGUACGUUUGGCCGACAGAAAACAGCAAAAAGGAGUUUUGUUCGGAAACGUGUCUAUCAGAAUUCAGGCAAGCGUAUAGCAAAGGUGCAUGUCUUCACUGCGACACGGUUAUCCGAGGAAAUGCUCCCUCGAACAGUAAGAACUUUUGUUCUACGUACUGUUUAAAUAAAUAUCAAAAGAAAAAUGAAAAACGGACGACCUCGCCGCACUCUGGUAACGGACCUAACGGCUCCGAAAAUCAUUCUAAUAACAACACAACUGGAACUUUCUAUGAUAUUUAUCAGACUUUUGAUUGGGCGGAAUAUAUGAAAGAGACGAAUAGUACGGCCGCGCCGCAGGAAUGUUUCAAACAAGCACCAAUACCACCUGAUAACGAUUUUAAAAUCAAUAUGAAGCUGGAGGCUCUGGACCCGCGCAACUUGACAUCGACGUGUAUCGCGAGCGUAGUCGGCGUGCUGGGGCCACGGUUGCGGCUGCGGCUCGACGGCAGCGACAACAAGAAUGACUUCUGGCGGCUCGUAGACGCGGGAGACAUACACCCUAUAGGGCAUUGUGAGAAAAAUGAAGGCAUGCUUCAGCCUCCCCUAGGUUUUCGAAUGAACGCAAGUAGCUGGCCAAUGUUUUUGCUCAAAACACUCAAUGGGGCAGAGAUGGCCCCAGCAAAAGUGUUCCAACCUGAGCCGCCAACUCCCAAGACUAAUAUGUUUGUAGUUGGACAGAAACUAGAAGCAGUAGAUAAAAAAAAUCCUCAGCUCAUUUGCUGUGCAACAAUUGGAGCAGUAAGAAAUGAUCAGAUCCAUGUUAACUUUGAUGGCUGGAGGGGCGCAUUUGAUUACUGGUGUAAAUAUGAUUCAAGAGAUAUAUUCCCUGUUGGCUGGUGUGCUAGGGCUGGCCAUCCAUUGCAGCCUCCAGGGCAAAAAAGUGCUACUACACCAUCCAGGUUUAAGUUUCGAACCAGUGGAAUACCCAAUCCAGCCUUACCAGAAGGUGGCUCCACGGGGGCUGGUAAUUCUACCACUAUCACAUCAACACCUGCGGCAACUGUUAGGUUGCAUAUCCGCAGCGGCUGCUCCGGAGGCAGUAGUUCCUUACCCAGUGUGAUCUCAGGCUCCGGCCCAUCGGGGGCUGCAGAGGCUCUAGCUAAAGACUUGCUCAGUGUUCAUCCUGACCCACAGAGGUUGACGCGGGCUAUACUUACAGCAUCUAGUAGCUAUUCAAAUAUAAAUAAUGUACAGGUGUCAACAGGUAGUAAGAAUUACACAGUGAAAGUGCCAUCAGAACUAACAGCCAAUGAGUUGAAGAACUGGCUCAAAGCUGUGUGCGAGGGACUCAACUGUUGCUUGGGCAUGAUAGAGAUUGACUCGGGGGAUGCUGCAGGCCGGUCCUGUCAGUUGUGUGGAGAGUCCCCUUCAGAGAGUGUUUCUACAGCCGUUAAGAGGACUACAACUCAACAGCCCACGGCAGCGGCGGCAAGGUGGCCCGCGUGUCGGCGGAGCGGGAGCGGGCGGGCGGGCUGCGACUCGGCGGGCGUGGCGUCGUCCACGACGGGCGCGCCGCCGCCGCCGGGCGCGGGCGCGGCGCCGCCCGACUGGUCCGUGGAGGACGUCAUCGGCUUCAUCGCCGCCGCCGACCCCGCGCUCGCAGCGCACGCCGACCUCUUCCGGAAACAUGAAAUCGACGGAAAGGCGUUACUACUUCUCAAUUCAGACAUGAUGAUGAAAUACAUGGGUUUGAAGCUUGGCCCAGCCCUAAAAAUAUGUAAUUUAGUAUCAAAAAUAAAAAAUCGCCGGCAUUAUAGCACCUAGACUUUACAAUAAGCCACUCUUAGAGUUUGAAACUAUGAGUUUCCUAAGUUUUAUUAGUAUUAAGUACUUACAUGCAUUUUCAACUAUAAAUGCUACGCCUAAAGUUUCAGUUUCAUCUGAAUCUCAGCAUUUAAAUUAUCUUGUGUAGAUGUAAAAGACAUUGAUGCUACGAGAUUAUACUGACCGAAAUAUUAUAUGUACAUAGUAGGUUGGCAUUUGGCAAUUCUGGUUUCAGGGUUACUUUCUGUCUAAGUUGUCUCGGACAUGGGCAUCUAUGGUAUCAAUGCAUUCAGUAUUCUGUUCACAGUUUCAUUUAAAAUUCUAUGAUAACGAUAGGAUAUAGUAAUUACAAUGUACAUUUUGUUGCGAUCUUAUUUGAAUCUUUCAACACAAAAUAACAUUUCAUUUUUAUGAUUUUGAUAACGUCACACUCACUAACUUCAUUUUCGCUUGAAUCAUCUUAUAUAUUUGUGUUUACGGCGUCAUAUUCAAUACUCUGAUACCAAACAUACCCAUAUCCAGUAUACUUAGACAAAUUACCAACCUACUAUGUUAAUACAGUUUUGAUGGGUAUUUCAUUUAUUAGUAAGACACACUUAUUUAAUUACGCUACUAUUUUACAUGUCCAGCCGUAAACUUAUUACGAUUAAACUUGCAAGAUUUUAUGUACUGUAAAGGCUUUUUCACACGACAAAUGAUAGGUUAUUCUUAUCUGCUUAGCUGUAGGAUCCAGUCAAAAUGUGUGUACAGGUCUUUGCCCGUAAAUAGUUAUUUUAUAGAUGACUUUCGUAAUGAAUUACUUUAAAAUAAAAUUAUAAUUUCUAUAAUUGGAUAGUUUACAUUAUUGUGUGAAUUUAUCUAUUUAGUCAUGUAUAUAAAUGAGUUAAAUUAAAUGCAUUUAAUGUAGUUAGACUCAUCUUGCAUAAUCAAAAGAUGUAUUGCGAUGUUUAAUAUUUCUGACUAUUAGGUACUUGAAAUUGUAUAUACUAACUGUUAUGUUAUUGGCUAGUCGAUCGUAUGCUAUUUGCCAGAAUCAUAGUUCAUGCAGAUUUUCAAAUUCAGUAAAUACAGUGUACAGAAAUUCUAUUGUAGAUUAGGGUCUUAGUGCCUUUCACCAUUUAGGUGUGUUUAAAGAUAUCCACAAUGUUGACAAUGGGAAUUAAAGACAUGUAAGCGCUCAAGGACACCAAUAAAUGUAGCUGUGAUUUAAUAAUACAAAUACAGAAUUUUCAAUAUUCUUAUUGUGUCAAAUAAUAUCGCUUCCAAUGUUCUGGCGCUGAGCUGGCGACUGUAUUCCUUUAUGUUCCUUCCCGAUAUCAUAACUAGAAUGUAAACGACAUAAUAGUAUUUUAAAAUUAAACUGUCGUAAGUACCAUUACAGAUACUAUUUACUACUAUAGUUUGUUAUGGUCUGCGCGGUCACGAAAAAUCGCCCUAAAAGUUAAAACCUUAAAACUAUAGUAGUGAAACAGUAUAAUUAUCACUAAAAAGCUAUGCUUUGUAUAUCUACGAUAUAUAAUUAUAAUUUGCCAUUUCGAAGUUGUAAUUAACUGUAAUAUUUAAAUAUUUCACCAUGUGAUAUUUCCAUGUUAUCUGUUAUCGUGAUAAAUGAUUAAUAAUAUUAGAAUAUGUUGAUUUAUUCAUUACGUGAUGUAUACUUUUUAAGUUUUGUCAUGACAUGAUAACUACUAAGCACGAAACUUUAUAUAUCGAGCCUGUAAUGUUGUUGUAUAUAUAUAUUUGGUAAUAUAAUGUUAUUUUCCUGGCGUAUAGAAAGUGUAGGAGAAGUCCGAUUUAUUUUAAGAUACGUAGGUAUUUCUUUUAUUAUUUUUAAUGGGCAACUGAAAGUAUGUGUGAUAUCCGUGGGAUGUGUCGACUGAGUUAACAUCCUAUUUGGUUUAUAAAGCUCUUCAUAACAUAAUGUAGGUAACUAGAAAAGCAAUAAAAUUAUCCAUAUAACUCAAGGCAUCGAGUGUUUGCCUACGAUUGUGUGUAUAUAUUAGGACACCAUGUAAAACCAUAGAAUUGAUGAAAUCUCGAGGCAAAUUCUUUUACAUAUUUUAUUACAGUAGAAAGUAAAAUUAUUUUAUGUACAUAAGCAAAUUAAAAACAACAUUGUAUAAAUGAAUAAAUCUAAAGUGCGAAUA